UGCUUCUUGUAACUUCUAAUCUUCGCUUGCCAGGCCUUAUCUGUGCAGUUUGGGCUUUUAUAUCUUUUGGCGAUUGAGUUUGCUAUUAAAGAUGUACAUCUUUGUAUGCAGAGAGUGUUUAAUGUGGUGGGACCGGUUCUUGGUUUUCAGAGCCCACCUGAGGUCAACGUCCUGGCGCACACGCCUACAGUCUUGUGAGCUGGCCACGCUCCCCACCCCCCCGAUUGGGCUGGGACAACGAGGGCUCUGUGCGCGGGCGCCACGGUCGUCCCUCCUCGAGCGGCGCGGCAGUCCUAGAGCUACGGCCCGUAAUGUUUUUGCUCAGUUUAUUAAUCCCACGUUCAAACUACAGCUGGGUUUCCUUUGGCACCAGGGCUUUUAUGGCACUCUGGCAGGGAAGCGCGAGUCCUACCGGACUCGGUACAGACACCAGAUCAAGGGCAGGGCAUUAUCUGUGGGUCUGAAGAUGGCCGAUGAGACGGAUCCAGGAUCGAAAGGCUCUGCCGCAGCUCGGACACGUGUUUCCGUGCGGGGCGGGUGGCUCCCGGCUCUUGGCUCGGUCCGUGACACGCUGUUUCUGCCGCUCCUGCUUUUCCAUCUGCUGUUGUGGCGAGGCUUCAAAGCACCGAGCUCCCUGCAGCCGACUCCUGCUCCGUUUGGGCAGAACUGGGCAAUCGUCUCCCACGAGCUGCUGUCGAUGCCGCCUUGUUCCAAGCUGGCCUCGAAGACGUCCUUGAAGCGCUUUCUCUCACACGUGCGCCGUGGCUGAGCAGGGGGAAUUAAGACUUGAUCUGCGGGGGCUGGAGUCAGACACCCGGAUGACGCCGCUGGUCCGGCCACGCUGAUGUCGGAUGAUUGUCACCGACGCUGUAACCCUCCGGCCCACCCUGCCACCCCCUUCCGGCCCCACCGUCCUGUCCAGAUCCACCCCAGGGCCUAGGUGUGUCUGCCCGCCCUCUCCCACGGCGCACAGCCCCGUGUCCAUGUGCCAUAGACCCCCGCUCCAGUGCCCAAUACACCAGGCCUCACUGGCUUCGCGCCCCAUAGCCCCUCAAAAGCCCCACAGUGUAUGCCCUAUUACACUGCAGCUCCAUUAGCCAAGCCCCUUUGCCCCAUAGACCCCAAUGCUCCACAGCUUCAAUGGCCCAGCCCCACGCCACGUGGCUCCCGCCUUUCCCUUGUUGACACUUUAUUAGCAGCAUGAACACAGCCCCACUUCCGGGUCCGGGAGCGCGCAUGCGCACGCCGCAUCACUAAAGCCGCUCUCCCUCUCGACGCAUGCGCAGUCCGAGAUCCGAUCGGCGGGCCGCGAUGCGCAUGCGCUUCUACCCGCGAGUUUGCACUCUGCGCAAGCGCGGGCGGCCCCGGCGGGGGAGGCGCGCAUGCGCAGUGCGUCUGGGCCUACAUGUGAGCCUGCAGGGCGCCGGAGCCGCGGCGCGAUGGAGAAGUUCGGCAUGAAUUUCGGGGGCGGCCCGAGCAAGCGGGACCUGGUGGAGACGAUCGAGUCGCAGAAGAAGCAGCUGCUGCAGUACCAGGCGCGCCUGAAGGACGUGGUGCGGGCCUACAAGAGCCUGCUGAAGGAGAAGGACGCGCUGGAGGCCAGCGUCACGGCGCUGUCGGCGUCCCACGAGGCGCACGGCGGCCCCCCCGCCCCGCCGGACCCCCGGCUGCAGACCCUGCGGGAGGAGAUGGGCAGCCUCAAGCAUCACUUCCAAGCGCAGCUGCUGCAAGAGAUGAGAAAGACAGCCCAGGCAGAAGAGCAGCUCCGGCAGCAAGCCCAGAUGGAGGAGCGGCGCGUGGCCAGCUUGGAGGGGCAGGUCUCCGAGGCAUCGGAGCUGCUGGGCACUUACGAGAGAGCCAAGCAGAAAGACCAGCUGGUGAUUCAGAAGCUGAAAGACCGCAUCAUGCAGCUGGACCUGGAGAACAAGACCCUGGCUAUUGCGGCGUCCAGCCGGUCCCCCGUGGACCUGCAUCUGGAGGAGGCCAACCUUGACGUCAACGUCCUGAAGGACAAAAUGGAGAUGCUGAAGAGGCUUCUGCAGGCAGCGGCUAAGAAGAGCCAGCCAGCUCUGGACAUCGAGAAGCUGUGUGAACUGGAGCUGCCGAGGGGCCACGAGGCAGGGGACGGGGAGAAGGCCACUGCCCUCUACUACCAGCAGGAACUAAAGCAGCUGAAGGAGGAGUUUGAACGGUACAAGAUGAGGGCCCAAGUGGUCUUCAAAAACAAGUCGGCCAAAGACGGCAGCACGGCGAAGGAGCUGGAGGAGGCUCAGGAGCAACUGGCAGAGCUGAAGGAGAAGUACGUCGCGCUGCGGCUGUCCUGCGAGGAGAUGGAGAAGCAGCAUCAGCAAGAGCUGGAAGCCAGGAAGCAGGAGCUGUGCCACCUGCAGCAGGGUCACCGGCAGGAGCUGGAGAGAUGCCAGCUGGAGUACCGAGAGAGGAGCCUCAUGCUGGAGGAGGAGAUGCACAAGCAGCGGGACCGCGCGCUAGCCAUGCUGGCGGAGAAGGAUCAGGAGCUGGAGCAGCUGAGAGCCGUGGCCGUGCCAUACGGGCUCCAUGGCUCCAAGAGCUACCUGGGACCAGGAGGUAACGUGGGCGAUGACAGCUUAGCGGGUGACAUCUCCUCCGAGAACCUCACGCAGGCCCUGCACAUCGCCGCGGCCAGCGAGCCCACCUUCUUCCUGUACGCCGAGCAGCUGGCUCGCAAGGAGGUGGAGAUCACAGCCCUGCGGAAGCAGAAGCACCAGCUGGAGACGGAAGUCCACCAGCUGCAGGAGAAGAUCCUGGUCGAGGGGGAGAAGCACAGGGAAGAGGUGUCCGUCCUUCAGGACCGUAUCCAGAAGACUGUCCGGGACCAGAGCAGGGAGGGAGCCAACCUGGAGUAUCUCAAGAACAUCGUCUACCGGUUCUUGACCUUGACGGACUCUCUAGGCCGUCAGCAGACGCUAACAGCCAUAUUGACUAUUCUGCACUUUAGUCCGGAAGAGAAGCAAGUGGUUAUGAGACACUCGGCCUAUGGCAGCUGGUGGCUGCCUGGGAAGAGAUGAGACCUCGUGCUCACUUGAACUCCUCCCUUUUAAUAACACAUUCCUGGUUUCUGUCUGUCCCGGAAGACCCAGCCGCCCUUCCUCUUCUUGCAGUGCAACAUGUGUCCUGGCAAACGCCGAGGGGCUUGGGGAGCCUUCAGCAGAAAGCUGAGCUUUUACACUAGUGCCUUUAGCGCUACUCUAAUGGCGGAAUCGCUCUGGUCACUUGCCAGGACCGCGGAUUUCUUUGCUACGGGUAUCCACAGGAGGGUGGGGAGGAGACCCUGACUGAGGUCACCAGCCGUGUUAAAUCUCCUUUCCCUGUUGUGCCAACCCUCCGUGCAUGCAAGGAAUAGGGGGACCCCGUCACUUGCUUGUCCGUGGGCCUGCACUUGAGCAGCGAAGGAAGCAGCCCUUUGGAGAUGGGGAGACGUGAUGCUCGUGUCGCUUGGUGUGGGGAAAAGCAACAGGGUGAUGGUGACGGGUGAAAUGUAAUUCCCACUGUCCUGGCAAGGGAAAUCCUGGGCAGCUUUGCGGGAUGGCCAAAAUCACAACAGCUCCUUGUUUUCAGUGGGGACAGCCAAGGUGUGUGGGGGAAGAUUGAGGAAACGUAGCAAGAAGUCCCCCCCGCGGCAGGGAUUCUCCACGGAGCCGGACGUGGGCUCAUACGGGGGGGAAACGCUUUCCCAGCUUUCACUGACUGGCACUUUAUAACACCGGAGGAGUGAGGGGUGGCUCUGGGCACAUCCCUUGUAUGUCUGUGGUAGAUCAGGCACUGCUCUGCCCCCAGCCCUCUGGGAGGAGACAGGCGCUGUCCCGGGAAGGAAGGAAGGCCGAGGGGACAAAGCUAAGGGGAUGCUCUGGCCCAUGGCAGCCAUUUGCAGGCUGCUGAGACUUGUGCCAUGUCCUGGGUGCUUCUAAGUAUAAUUUUACUUAAUUUAUUUUGUGACAGCUUGGGCCCAGAGCCAGUGCAAGCAGCAGGGGAGGGCAGGAGAAGUGGUUUCUCCCAAGACCAGGGAGUCUUGUAGCUCUGGAGCGCCUGCGCAUACUUCAGGCCUCACUGCUGUCAUCCUGAGAGCCAUGGGUGAAGGGACCAUGCACCAGCCUGGUCAGGAGCAAAGUCCCUGGGGAGAUGGGCUGCGGCUGCCUCCUCACGGGGUCGUGGGAAAGAAGAUCCUGCCAGGAAACAGGAGCAAAAGUAGUGGGGACUUCCAGUUAGUCCUGCUCCCUUUCCAGCGGGCACUGCCGCCUUUCUGGGGAAGGAUCGUGGUGCCAGCCAUGCAGCUUGGCUAGCGCAGAGGGGCACACAGGCCACGAGAGCCCUCUCCGCUCUAGUUCGGUAACGAGCCAAGCUGGGAUCGUCCCUUCCCACUGAAGUCAGUUUGUGCCUGGGGUCGCGGUCUCCCUUGCCCCUGGGCCCCCCCCCCGUGCUUCAGUUUGUCCCCCUUUUUUUCCACCUCCCUCCCAAAAGCAGCAGCGUUUCCAUUUGCUGCCACUGCAGUGUUCUUGCUCCCUGCCCCUCUUCCCCAUCAAGGACCAGCACUGCCAAGCCAGGACUGCCUGCUCCAUGGUUGCACAAGGCCCCUCGAGCGCUGCAUACGCGCCGCCAGGGCAGGGUGGUGUUGCUGCGGCAGGUCGGGGCACAUGAGGCAGGGGUGAAUGGCGCUACUGGCUCUGCCAUCCCUCGGCAGUUUGGGGUAUCCGCGCUGGGACCUGCCGAGUGCUGCCACCUCAUUCCUCCGAUCGGGAGGGGAUCAGGCGCUGCUCUUGGGCACCGUGGUGGGCUUCCUGCCGCCGGGGCAUCCCGGUGCUGCUGGUGAGCAGUAUUAGUAGGGCCUAUCCAGGUUCUCUGCCCUGCAAUGGGUUUCUUUUGCCCCUUUCGGUGUAAUGUAUCCGGCCAUCCCUGCGGCCCCUUUCCCAGGGCUGCCGGCUGGCCCCGGGACCGGGGCUCGUGUCCAAGGCUGAGCUUCUUGGUUUCCACAAGCCAAGGUUUGGUCCAGCAAACAGCAAAGCUCCUGCCCUCCCUCGGACAGCUCUGCCAGCAGCACCAGGAGGUCUGGACUGGACGAUUUGCUGGGCGCACAUGCAGUCAUGAGCUCCGGCGGUCGUACAUGGGUCUCAUUAAAGGUGCGUUGUGUUCCCGGCAGCAGCGAGCGAGCAUCCUUCUGUGCGUCGCCCAGCGGCGGUGGGGCUGCCGGAGGCGCAGUCGGCACCUGGCCUCCUUCCGUGCGCUGUGAUUACCACUCCUCUCCAUGCUGCCUUGUUUCCACGCACAGGCCGUCACCCCUGCAGCGGGGCGGGGACCUGGAAUCCCUUAUUCGGGUGGGGAAACCCCUCUGCCAGUCUGUGCCUCAGUUUCCCCAUCUGGAACAUAGUGAUAAUGCUUGCUCCCACCUUGCCAAGAGCCGUGGGGGCCAAAGGGGUAGAAAGCCCAGAGCAGGGCUGGACCAGGGGCAGCAAAACAUCUGCUAAAGUGGGGAGGGAGGAUCAGCCCCUCCCUUGUGCCUUGCUUGUACCCACACCUUGGAGGGAGGGAGCCAGGCCCUGGAAAGGGCCCUGCGGAGCAGGGAGGUGGAGCAGACA